GAGAAGUACUCCUCCCUAGGCCAAAUCGCCGUCCCCUUUGGCCUCUUACACAGUUGUUAGGAUGCUGGACUCCUCAAGUGCAGAUCAGAUGACCCGACUGACGUUGCGACUCCUGGAACAGAUGCUGGAACAGGAAAGAGAAACCAUGGACAGAGCAGGACAACAGGAAAAGCCAGACACUGCCCUGCAGAAUGCUUUGAGGAGAAGGAAGGACCUUCUACAGAGACUCUGGGAACAGCAGUUGGUGAAUGAGCACUCCCCAGUCCACGCCUGGAGGAGGGCGCAGGAAAGAACCAUGGCGCCAGCCCUGAACCCAGAGGUGCCUCUCGUGGAUGUCUUCCCUGCUGCCUCCCCGUCUUUGCCCCGACCCCCAGAGCCACCAAGGAUCAUCCAGCACCCGGUCCCGCAGCCUCCUGCCACCAUCAUUCAGCAGCUACCCCAGCAGCAGCCACUGAUUGCACAGAUUUCUCCUCCUCAGGCCUUUCCCACUCAAAGAUCGGGAAGUAUCAAGGAAGACAUGGUGGAGAUGAUGCUAAUGCAGAAUGCACAGAUGCACCAGAUCCUCAUGCAGAACAUGAUGCUCAAAGCCCUGCCCCCUGGACCCACAGGGCCACGUGCCGCUACCCUCCAGGACCCACGAUGGGCGCACCAUGGAGUCUUGCGAGCUGAAAAGCAGAAGCCACCCCCAGUGCACCACCACCACCACUAUCCACCCCCUGCCCAGCUGCAGGCUGCCUCCACAGCUGGCGCCCCUUCGGGAUAUCCGGGGUGGCCUCCAGUGGUGGCAGCUACCGCCCUCCCACAUGCUGCCAGCUUCUUGCCCACUGUGAGCCACCUGACUGAGCCAACUACUUCCCAUCCCAGCUACCCGUAGUACGUACGCCUGGAGGGAGAAAGCUAGUGUUUUGCAGCAGGUCAGAGGCAAGAUGAUUCAGAGUUGCCAGUUAGCCCCGUGUGGACCUUCCCUGUGACUGACCUGGCUACCACACAGUGAAGACAGUGAUGUGAUGUCCAUGUGGAUGAACAAGUCAAUGCAACACACUCCCAAGAGCUUCAGGGUGGUGACAUCCACUUCCUACAGAACCAUCUUUCAGUGUCCCUUAGGAUGUGAUUCCAGAGAAUCUUGUUUUUGUUAAAAGCAUCAAUUAAAGACCUCACACAGUU